AUCCGAAGUUCUAAAUCUUGAUUGUUAUGUGAAUGGCCAAGAAAAUGGUGUGCGAGCAACUCUCAUGGGUUGGCUCUCAAAACCUUCUCUUGACCUAAAGCCGCGCUGAACCUCCAAAAAUUUAUCCCUGAGAACCGAGGCACUGAAAAAUGAUGACAUGAAUGGCGAAUCUGAUGUCCAAAAGGAUGCCUCCCCGGCGCGUGUCGUGCGAGUAAGAUCUACUCGAGCGCAGAGGAAUCAUGGAGAUGUAGUGAGGAAUAGAGGAAUAGAGGAAUAAAGGAAUCAUUAACAGGUAGUGAGGAGAAGGAUCUGGGGACUAUCCCGUGAGUGGGGUAUCGCAGAUCGGACUCUGAUCUUACUCUUCAAACUCCGCCUGUGAUUUUGAUCUUUUUCUGUGUAUUUCGUGGGUUGCUUGGAUGGAUCUAUGUGAAUUGAUCUCAUUGUCAAUGAGAAUUGAGCGUGUUUUCUUGCCUUA